UUGAACUGAGCUCUGUCGGCAGCAGGAGACUGAACUGAAAACUUCUACGCACUAUUAUGAAGCCUGUUUUUCCUAUCAGCAAACUAAAGCGACCACUUUACGACAGUCUUUUCUCUUUUCACGUAUAAAGACGAACAUGCGCUGAUUCCAGAGGCUUGACAGAGACCUGUUACGUAUUUUGUGGAGAUUGUGUUGAAGAGGAAUCACCGGACUUUGUCCAUAGCGCUGUGGAUUCGUUAGCUCGGCUGCUAGCCAAGUUAGCUAGGGAGCUAAUUCAGUUGAGGGGGUUCAGCAGCAGGGUGGACACCGAAGACUGACUUUUCUUUUAUUAUUUAAGCACAAAAUAACUUAAACAGUCGACAGUUUGGGGGCUCCUCAGCGUCCUGCCAUGGCUGACACCAGCAUAGUGACUUUAUGUACUGCUCGCAGUCUCUUGGUGGAUUCUUCAGUCUAUGACUCAAGGAUUGCUGAAACCACUCAGGACCACACGUUUCUGGGUCUGGCAUGUGAAGAUGGAGCAGAUAUGCUGCCAAAAGUGGAGACGAGGAUUGUCCUGGUGGGAGCAGCAAGCAGAAAUGCAGCACUGGUCAAAGCUUUGCAGGUCAUCAGAGUAAUGGAGGUUCCAGUGGUAAAGAUAAGAGAUGGCGAGGCGGGCGCCGAGGAGAAAAUGAUGAUAAAAUCUAUAGUCAAUAUGGACAUCAACACCCCGUGUAUGAUGACGGACAAUGUCCAGGAGUUCAGCGAUGAAGACAGCACAGACUUUGAGACGGUGUUUGUCCUCACAGACUUUGACUCUCCUGACUACAGCUGCCUCUACAAACGUGACAACCGCAUCGUCGGGCCUCCCGUCGUGCUGCGCUGUGCUGCAAAGGAUGAACCUCUACCGUUCUCCUGUCGUCCUCUUUACUCCACCACCAUGAUGAACCUGUCGCUGUGUUUCACCGGCUUCAGGAACAAAGAGGAAAUGAAGAACUUGGUGAAUCUUGUUCAUCACAUGGGUGGAACCAUCCGGAAAGACUUCAGCACUAAGGUCACUCAUCUCAUCGCCUACUCAACAAACGGCGAGAAAUACAGGCUGGCUGUGUGUCUGGGGACACCCAUCCUCACUCCAUCGUGGAUUCAUAAAGCCUGGGAGAGAAGAGAUGACAUGAGCUUCCAUGCUGGAGACGAGGAGUUUCGGACAGAGUUCAAAGUGCCUCCGUUUCAGGACUGCUUCCUGAGUUUUCUGGGUUUCUCAGUGGAGGAAAAAGCUAACAUGGAGGAGCGGACUCUGAAACACGGUGGCCAUUAUCUUGAGGUUGGAGAUGAGCGCUGCACACACAUGGUGGUGGAGGAAAACUCAGUCAAAGAGCUGCCAUUCGUUCCCUCUAAAAAGCUCUAUGUGGUCAAACAGGAGUGGUUUUGGGGAAGCAUUCAGAUGGAUGCUCGAGCUGGAGAGUCCAUGUACCUGUAUGAGAAGAAUGACAGUCCAGCCAUGAAGAAGGCCGUGUCCCUUCUGUCCCUCACAACGCCCAACAGUAAUCGUAAGCGGCGACGUCUCAGGGACACGCUGGCUCAGCUCACCAAAGAGACGGAGAUCUCACCUUUCCCUCCACCUCGAAAAAGGCCGUCAGCAGAGCACUCCUUGUCCAUGGGUUCUCUGCUGGACAUCUCAAACACCCCUGAGACAUGCAAGGCUUUGGCAGAGAGUUCGAAGCCGUCCAGGAGUUCUACUUCGAUCGUGUCCAAGCAGUCAGCCAGGUGGCAGGUCUCCAAGGAGCUCUACCAGACUGAGAGCAACUAUGUAGACAUUUUAAACACCGUCCUACAGCUUUUCAAAGAUCCACUGGAGAAGGAGGGGCAGGUGGGCGGACCCAUCCUUGCUCAAGAGGAGAUCAAGACAAUAUUUGGCAGCAUCCCUGACAUCUAUGACGUUCACACCAGAAUAAAGAGUGACUUUGAAGAUCUGCUGAGCGACUGGUCAGAGGACAAGAGUGUCGGCGACAUCAUUCUCAAAUAUUCCAAAGAGCUGGUGAAGGCUUACCCACCGUUCGUCAACUUUUUCGAAAUGAGCAAGGAGACUAUUGUUCGCUGUGAGAAACAGAAGCCUCGAUUUCACGCCUUCCUCAAGAUCAACCAGGCAAAGCCAGAAUGUGGCAGACAGUCACUGGUGGACUUACUCAUCAGACCUGUGCAGAGGCUGCCAAGUGUGGUGCUUCUGCUCAACGACAUAAGGAAACACACUUCAAAUGACAACCCAGACAAGAUGAUGCUGGAGAAAGCCAUUGAUUCUCUGAAAGAAGUCAUGACCCAUAUCAAUGAGGACAAGAGGAAGACGGAAGGACAAAAGCAGAUCUUUGAUGUUGUUUAUGAAGUUGAUGGUUGUCCUGCCAACCUGUUGUCAUCUCAUCGCAGCCUGGUUUACCGAGUAGAAACCAUUGCCCUUGGAGACCAGCCAUGUGACCGCGGAGAAAACGUCACGCUUUUCCUCUUCAAUGACUGUCUGGAGAUCGCGAGGAAGCGUCACAAGGUGAUCAACACGUUUAAGAGUCCACUGGGACAGACGAGGCCACCGCCUCCACUCAAACACAUCACACUGAUGCCACUGUCCCAGAUCCGAAGAGUGCUAGACCUGCAGGACACCGAGGAAUGUGUGAAUGCGUUCGCCUUGGUGGUUCGCCCUCCGACUGAACAGGAGAACCUGUUGUUCAGCUUCCAGUUGACCGGAGAGGACACGGUUAAAAGCGCCUGGCUGCGAACACUUUGCCGCCAUGUUGCCAACACCAUCUGCAAGGCUGAUGCGGAGGACAUGAUUCAAUGCACAGAUCCAGACUCACUACAGGUCAGCACCAAGGACAUGGACAGCACCCUGAGCAAAGCGUCCAGGGCCAUAAAGAAGACGUCCAAAAAGGUGACAAGGGCAUUUUCAUUCACCAAGACGCCGAAGCGUGUGAUCCAGAGGGCAUUCAUGGCCAACAGUACUCCGGAUGAGAAAACCCAGAGGCUCAUGAGUCAAGAAAACCGCAUUUGCAGCAGCUCCACUCUGGCUGCGCACCACUCACCCUCCAUGGUCCAUUUGCCUUCCAUGUUUGAGAGGAAGUACCACACAUUCAGCCGGUCGACCACUCACCUGAUAUGAGAUGCUGCUUUGCAGCCUGCUCAGGUCAGCCACCUUUUCACAACCCGACCACGCGGGCCCGUGAGUACAAACGUUAACGUUAAGUGUCAAGUCUGUUGGAGCGGCGUUUAUUCAAAUUGAAUCUCUGGACACACAAAAGAGAAGGAAAAUAAACUGACGUCUGAUGUCUGGACAGGAGUCUGAUGCAAGGCAGCAUCAGAUUUAUCCCGCUCCUGACGUUCAGGAACUAUGGAAGUAUGGUUGCAACAACAAACCAGUUGUUGAUCCACCUGAAUCAAACUGCUUUGUUUCUGAAAACAGGAUUGGUACUACGUGUGCUGGAGGCAACAACAUGUAUGUGAGUGCGUGUGUGUGUUAGGUCACGUUUUAUCUUUUUCUUUUUUAAAAAAAUGAAGGAUGUCAAUUUUUAUAUGUGCUUAAUUAUUUUGUGUUUACUACUCGUUCACACUAACUAUGGACCAAGAAAACAACAUGUCUCACCCUCUGUUUCAAUGCUCCGUCUGUCACUGAGCGUCGCAGAAGUUAACCUAACAAGUGUUGAUCUAUUUCUGUGCAGGUAACAACUGUAUGUCCUAGUUAAAACUGACAUCUCAUAGCUCUUUUAUUUACCUCUGUAAAUGACACACACACACAUAUAUAUAUAUAUAUAUUAACAUACAUUAAAUAUUGUUGAGUAGGUAUACUUGAUUUCGCCUGAUGUCAUAUUAAUAUUAUCUUUUUGAUUGUCCAGCUUUUUAAAGCGUCUGUUUUUAACAGAGAAUAAAAGUGUUGAAGCUCUUGUUUCCUUUUCACCGUCCGCGUUUUAAAAGAGGCUUUUAUGCUCUGUGUCUGCGUUGAAGAAACGAUGCUACGCCGUUGUACAUAUUUAUUCUUGAUGAAUACAUUUUAUAUCCGUUUUCUUUUCUUGUUAUUAUUUAUCUUCCCCCCCCCCCUCGACUUUUAUAUCCUUUAUACGUUUCACUAACGCUGUCGUCACCGUCUCUGGCUGUUUGUUAGAUCUCUGUAUUAAAUGCACUUAAACACAAA